UAUCGGUUUUCCCCCAAUUGAUUUUUGUUGAAGAUUUCCCAGUUUCCCCAGUCCCACUGCAGAAUCGUGUGGAAGAAUUCUUCAACACACCGUCGUUUGCUCCGGUUCCGGCAGUGCAGGACUUUAUUAUCUGCAGCAGCGUAGGGGAGCGCCUGACUGAGAUACUCAAUAACCAGCAGUCUUGGAUAUUGUGUGCUGUUCUUCUCUCAGAUGGCGUUGCAAGAGAGUCUGAAUAGGUUUCAAAAGCAGCAGGAGAAGUGCCAGUCUACCCUUACCAGUAUUGCAGCUAAAGCUGGAUCUUCAAAGGCAACUCCUCCCAGGGCUGCAUCGUCAACUGCUUCUGCAAAUGCGAAGUCUCCUGCUCCUCCAGUCAAAUUCUCUAAUGAUACGGAAAGACUUCAACACAUAAACAGCAUAAGGAAAGGUCCUGUAGGAGCUCAGAUGAAACGUGUGAUAGACCUGCUGCUGGAUACUAGGCAAGCUUUUACAAUAGAACAAAUAAAUGAACAAUGUUAUGUCGAUAUGAAUGCCAACAAGGCUGUAUUUGACAGUUUGAGAAACAAUCCAAAAGUCCACUAUGAUGGCAAGAAAUUCUCUUACAAGUCGAAGCAUGAUCUCAAAAAUAAAGAUCAGUUACUGAUUUUAAUAAGGAAAUUGCCUUGGGGUAUUGCUGUCAUCGAUCUCAAGGAUGCAUACCCAACUGUGAUGGAAGACUUGCAGUCUCUGAAGGCUGCGGGGCAAAUUUGGCUGCUGUCAAACUUCGACUCUCAGGAGGACAUUGCAUACCCUAAUGAUCCCGGAGUGCGUAUUAAGGUUGAUGAUGAACUCAAACAGCUAUUCCGAGGAAUUGAAUUACCACGUGACAUGCUUGACAUUGAAAAAGAGCUCCAGAAGAAUGGAAUGAAACCUGCUACUAACACUGCAAAGAGGAGGGCAAUGGCACAAGUUCACGGCAUUUCCUCCAAGCCCAAAACCAAGAAAAAGAAGCACGAAAUUAGCAAGAGGACCAAGCUUACAAACGCCCACCUUCCCGAGCUCUUUGCAAACCUCAACUCCUCUGGUUCUUGAUGUUGGAUUAAUCUGUUUAGGUGUUAACCUUUAACCUUUGUGCCAGGAAAGACCAGUAGGAUCUUGACUAUCUAGUUAGAAGACCCACGCUUAGACCCAUCAGUGAUCAGUGGCUAGAAUCCCCAUAUCUAGUUCACUUGUUUAACCCUUUCUAGUAGGCUGUAUUUGAAAACAAAACACGUAAUGUUACCACCCAUGAUCCGUGCUUUAUGUGCUAUAAAAAUUUGGACUGUCUGUGUA